AUGGAGUAUCUUACAUUGCUAACUAGAGAUGAAGAGGAAUGCAUCACAACAAACUCAUAUAACGGAAAAUAUAUGGGUGCUAGAAUUUCAUCAGUGUUCGUUAUUCUAGCAUGUUCGUCAUUCGGUGCGUUUUUCCCACUUUUGUCGUCAAGGUAUUCAAUGAUCAAACUACCACCCGUGUGCUUCUUUAUUGCCAAGUAUUUUGGGUCAGGAGUUAUUAUUGCUACGGCUCUUGUUCAUUUACUUGAUCCAGCAACCGAGAGUCUUGGUCAGGAAUGUCUAGGAGCACCAUUUACUGAAUAUCCAAUGGCUCUAGGCUUAUGCUUAAUCAUGGUUUUCGUGAUGUUUGUAUCCGAAAUAUUAGCCUACAGAUGGCUUGAAUCAAGAAUGUCGGCCGAACAAGAUGAUGCGUUUUUAGUGUAUAGAUCUAUUAAGGCAAGAAAAUUAAACGAUAAAGAGGAUUGCAAUAAUAAUCUGAAGAAGUCGCUUAAGGGGGAAACACGUACAAAAACCAUAGAACAUGACUCUGCAUCAUCCAGCAUAAUUUUACGGGAAGAAAAUGAUGCUUGUGACGAGGGCUGUUGUAAUGAAGAUCUUGAAAUGAUGAGAGCUGCGGAGGAGCAGGAAAGACAAGACAAGUAUUUUGGAAAUAUCCUUAAUGUGUUCGUCCUUGAAUUUGGUAUCAUUUUUCAUUCAAUUUUUAUUGGGUUGUCUCUCGCUUGCUCCGGCGAUGAAUUCUUAGUGUUGUAUGUUGUGUUAGUGUUCCACCAGACUUUCGAGGGUCUUGGGUUGGGAACUCGAAUUGCAUUAGUAGAAUGGCCAAAGACAAGAAAACGUACCCCAUGGGUUCUCGCCGCUCUUUAUGGUCUUACGACUCCAGGCUCCAUAGCUGUUGGACUUGGCGUCAGAACUAUGUAUGCACCAAACUCAAGAGCAGCCUUAAUCACAAAUGGUGUCUGCGAUUCUCUUUCAGCAGGUAUAUUGAUAUACACAAGUUUCAUGGAACUUAUGUCUCACGAAGUGAUGGAGAAUGAGGAAUUCAGAGGUAAGAAGGGAUUUAAGAAAAUGAUGAGUGCUGUUACAGUUAUGGCGUGCGGUGCAGGGUUGAUGGCAUUAUUAGCGAAAUGGGCUUGA